UAUAAAAUUAUCUUUUUUUCAGUGAAAAGAAAGGAGGUAUCGAUCCAGUUAUACAUUGUAAAUCAUGAUUAAGAUAACUCUGUGAAGUGUGAUGGCUAGCAACACAUUAAAAGACUUGUUGCAGGAGCUGAAAGAUGAAGUGUCUUCCAUUCUGACUCGUCAUAAAUCGAGCAAGACAAGUCGCGAUGAUAAUACCACUGUCAAGCUUAUCGAGGCUGCACUGGUCAUUGUUAAACAAGUACGGAAUACACUUGCCGAUACAUACGAAAUGGUGCUUCCCACAGAUACAUCUUCCAACAACAAUAAGAAGUCAGACUCGUGUAACCCUAACAGUCCAACACUGUUAAAAGAUGCAGACACUGUCACCGGUCGAAAUUUAGAUACUACAAAUACAUGGACAUCUUCCAAGAAAAAGGUGGAUACAUGCAAGAUGAGGAAUGAAAAAGAUCUACAGAGACCGACACCAAAAAGAUUAAAACUAGAUGUCCAGCAUGAUGAUGACUCUUAUGAAACGCUUGACCCUGUAGAUGUAGAUGACGAUGAUGAUUGUGAUAAUUUAGAUGAUUAUGUAUUAGAUGAUGACUAUGGUGGUGCGAAGCUGCCUUCUAUGGGUGAGAAAGAGUCUGUGACAGAUGACAAAGUUGAGCCUGCAGAACCUGACGGCACUGUUGAAAAGGAGGACGAUGAUCUUUAUGACAGUUAUGAGGACAGAUACCUGAAUGAUCUUCUUGAUGAGGAAGAUGAAAUUAUGAAUGAAAAUGUCAACAUUAAUGAUCCUGACCUUGAUGAGUUUGAUGAUGACUUUAAUGAUGAUGACCUACAGUUACUGGAUGAUGCAGAGAAGAGUCUCACAGAAGCCAAUGCUGGUGUUGAUGACCACGAUGAUGAUGAAGAUUUGGACAUGCAACCAGUUGAGUCUAAGUAUCUGGAAGUUCUGAAGCAGUAUUAUGGAUAUCACAAGUUUAGACCAAUGCAGUGGAAGAUAAUCAACUCUAUCCUAAAUGACAAACAGGACCAGUGUGUGAUCAUGGCUACAGGUUAUGGAAAAAGCUUGUGUUACCAGUAUCCAUCAGUCUAUACAAAAAGAACAACAAUAGUUAUCUCCCCCUUAAUCUCACUGAUGGAGGAUCAAGUACUAGGAUUAAAAGCAGCAAACAUCAAAGCAUGUCUUCUGGGAUCGGCUCAAGAGAACAGUGCUCAAGUUAGGUGUGACCUCAUGAAGGGCCGAUACAGAGUGUUAUAUUUGACACCAGAAUUUGUCAGUGUUGGAAGCAAUCUUUUGGUAGACCUCGAUAAAAAAGUUGGGAUAGAUUUGAUAGCUAUUGAUGAAGCUCAUUGUGUGUCACAGUGGGGUCAUGACUUCAGAUCAGCCUAUCGAUCUCUCGGAUCACUCAAGGAAACGUUUCCUCAUAUUCCCAUCAUGGCUCUGACUGCGACGGCCACGCCUGAGGUUAGAAAGGACAUAUGUCGCAGUCUGAGGCUGAAGAAUCCAGUUAUCACCUACACAGGCUUUGACAGACCCAACUUGUUCUUAUCGGUGGGACAGAAAUAUGAGAUAGGCUACGAUAUUAAAUCUCAGAUGACAAUAGAAAAUAACAAGCUUUCGUUUGAAGGACCCACCAUCAUCUACUGUCCCACCAAGAAGGCGACUAUGAAUGUUGUAGCCGUUGUGAAAGGUCUGGGUGUUUCGUGUGCGGCGUAUCAUGCAGGAUUGUCACUCUCUCAGCGGAAAGACACUCAUCACAAAUUUGUGAAUGACCAAAUACAGGUGGUUGUAGCGACUGUUGCGUUCGGAAUGGGGAUAGACAAGCCUGAUGUUCGAAAGAUCAUUCAUUACGGAGCGCCAAAAGACAUUGAGUCUUACUACCAGGAAGUGGGUCGAGCUGGCCGAGACGGGUUGCCUAGCAGCUGUCAUGUUUUUUACUCAGGAGCCGAUUUCAAUGUCAGCAAGCAUUUCAUCAAUGAAAUAAAAAAUCUGACUUUCAAACAGCACAAGUUAAAAAUGCUUAGGAAGCUGGAGCAAUACCUCAGUGUUGCAACAUGCCGACGGAGGGUUUUGCUUGCACAUUUUGAAGGACGUGAUAUGAAGGAAAUUGGAGGAACAGUGGAAUGCUGUGACAACUGUCGCAAAAAAAUUGCGGUUACUGUCCGUCAUGGAUACUUUGAUUCUCAAGACUGGGGUACGAAUGCCGGUCUCGCCCCUGACCAGCCAGUUGAUUAUACCAAGGAGGCCACGGAUUUUUUCAGUGCUAUCGAGACUUUGGGAGGUCGGUUUGGUUUGACUGCUCCAGUAAACUUUCUCCGAGGAUCAAACAGUCAACAAACUCAACGAUUCACAAAGAAACCAGGCUGGGGGUCUGGCAAAUACAGAGGUUUGAAGUGGUGGAAGUCCUUUGGUAAAGUUUUGGUCUAUGAAGGCUAUCUGCAGGAAUCUUCACUGGAUAAAGGUUUUGGUGCCACUGUCCAGGUUGCCAAGAAAGGCCACAAAUUGAUUCAGUCGGGCAAACCUCUCAAAUUGAUGCCAAGCCAGGAGAUGCUCAAUGAAGAAAAACCCGCUGCAGUUUCUAUUUCAGUAAAGCCUUUUUUUGUCGCAGGUUUUGCUGGACCCAGCAGGCCUACACUGCAGACUAAUAAACCACAACUGCCUAAACCUGUGGUAGAUGAAAAAACAGCAAAACUGCAGAACAACUUGUAUGUGCUGCUGGUGAUACUAAGGAACCAGAUAGCUCAGGAGACUGGAUUCACUCCACACAACAUUGCCAGCAACAAAGUGCUACUUAACAUGGCCAAAAUAAGACCAAGCAGUAAGGCUACUUUGAAGAAGAUUGAAGAUUUCCCCGAGUCCAAGAUCGAGAGAUUUGGAAAUCAGUUCAUUAACCUGAUUGCACCCUUCUGCAAAGAGAACACCCUGUCGACGGACUUCAUCACUGAAGUGUCAGUCACAUGUGUUGACAGCAACCUCCAGUCAAUGCUGAUGAAGCUGACGGAGACUCAGAGAGUGUCGUACAUCAUGUUUGAGAAAGAGGAAAAGAGUCCAGAAGAGGUCGCGUCCCAGCGGGGUCUGAAAACCUCGACCAUCAUUACCCACUUGUGUGAGGCGCUGAAGGCGGGACUGCCGGUCGACAUGUGCAGACUUGGGAUCACAGAGCACAUCAAACAGCGCAUCACAGAGGUCAUCAGAGCCCCACCGGUUAACUCAAACAUUGGGAGUCUGACUAAGAUCAAGGACCAGCUGCCAUUGCACAUUGAGUACAACCACAUCAAGAUUAUCAUCGCCCUCCUUGUCGACGAGUGUUCACAGUUCGUCAACGAGGGUGGAGACUUGAUCCUCGGUCCUUCACCCAAGCCAGCAACAUCGCUUGCUAAAACUGCUUCAUCGUCAUCGUCGUCAACAUCAGCAGCAGCAGCAUCAUCAAUGUCAUCAACACUGCUUUCAUCAUACAAGUCUCCACAGGCAUUAAGCAAAUCGUCUUCUCAGACGAGUGAUUCUACAAACACAAGCAAGCGUAAAGUCCCUGCCUGGAUGAACAGCAGCGGCGGCAAACCUGUGCUGACCAAAAAGAUGAAGUCCAACAGUCUCUUCAGAUAGCUUAUGAUGUCUUUCAAUAACUUUUGAUGUCUUUGACUAGCCUUCGAUAUCUUUGAAUACUUACUUACUUACUUAAUCUCCUUCAUGCUAAGAAGCACAUAAGACUGUAACCAGCGAUCACCACUGCUGCCUGUCUUUUGCCAGCUUCUCCAGCAGCCCCCAGCCCAGACUGCCCUCUCGGAUUUCCUUCUCUACUGUCCUCCUCCAUGUUUCUUUCUGUCUUUGAAUAGCCUAUGAUAUCUUCCAAUUGUCUAGAAUUCUUCAGAUAGCCUUUGAUAUCUCUGAAUAGCCUAUAUCUUCCAAUUGCCUAGAAUUCUUCAGAUAGCCUAUGAUAUCUUUGAAUAGACAUAUAUUCCAUUGCCUACAAUUCUUCAGGUAGACUAUGAUGUCUUUGAAUAGACUGAUAUACAUGUAUUCCAUUGCCUACAAUUCUUCAGAUAGCCUAUGAUAUCUUUGAAUAGACAUAUAUUCCAUUGGCUACAAUUCUUCAGAUAGCCUAUGAUAUCUUUGAAUAGACAUAUAUUCCAUUGCCUACAAGUCUUCAGAUAGACUAUGAUGUCUUCUGGUCAUCAGGCAGCACUGGCCUCGGUGGCGUCGUGGUUAAGCCAUUGAACAUAAGGCUGGUAGGUACAGGGUUCGCAGCCCGGUACCGGCUCCCACCCAGAGAAAGUUUUAAUGACUCAAUGGGUAGGUGUAAGACCAC